AUGUUCGAAGGCCUAUCCACCCAGAGUCUCGUCGUUCUCCUUCUCUGUGCUAUCCUGGUCCGGUACGUGUAUCGAAGGUCUAACGACGCAAGAGCCGGGAAACGAUACCCACCCGGUCCACCUCGUCUCCCUUUCGUUGGAAGUCUUCUACACGUUCCGAAGGAUCAUGAAUGGUUGGCGUAUGAGCGGAUGGGAAAGCAGUACGGGAGCGACUUGAUACACCUCGAUGUGCUCGGGAGUCAUAUAGUCGUGGUCAAUUCUGCGAAGGCCGCGAAUGAGCUGUUUGAGAAGAGGUCGGCGAUAUAUUCGGAUCGGUGCGUUUUUUCUUACUAUUCAUACCCCCACUUGCGUUGGUGA